AUGACUGAUUGGCGACCAUUUUUAUUUGGUGGUCUCGCCUCGAGUGUUGCUGAAUUGGCAACAUAUCCAAUAGAUCUAACAAAAACUCGUUUACAAAUUCAGGGACAAAUAUUUGAUAACCCUAGUCAAAAAUUACAAUAUGCUCAAAAGAAAUAUACAAAUAUGUUUCAGGCAGCUUAUCGAAUUGGUCAAGAAGAAGGUGUAAGAAUGUUAUAUUGUGGCAUUUCAGCAGCGAUAUUGCGUCAAGCAACUUAUGGAACAAUCAAAAUUGGCAUAUAUCAAAAAAUUAAACGUUUUUUCGCAGAAGAUAUUUCACAAGAAAAACUUUAUAUUAAUGUUUUAAAUGGUAUGUUUUCUGGUUCGUUAGCUAAUGCUAUAGCAAAUCCGACUGAUUUAUUAAAAAUUCGUAUGCAAGCGAAUCAUCCAAGUGUUCAAGGUAAACGGCUUUUUCCAGCAAUGGCUGCUAUAGCAAAAAAAGAAGGUAUUAGAGGUCUUUGGAGUAGUGUAAUACCUACAGCUCAACGAGCAGCUAUUGUUAGUGGUGUUGAAUUGGCUGCGUAUGAUUGGGUGAAAAAAAACUUAAUAUAUCGUUUUAAUCAUACAGAUACAAUUGGUACUCAUUUUUUAGCAUCAUUUACUGCUGGUUUUGCUGGUGCAUUAGCUAGUACACCGAUUGAUGUUGUACGAACUCGUUUAAUGAAUCAAGAAAAGUUAAUUCAUAACCUAAAUUCAACCUCUACUCCGGCAUCUUAUAAAGGAGUAAUAGACUGUUUCGCGAAAACUAUUAAAAAUGAAGGUUUCUUUGCAUUAUAUAAAGGCUUCUUUCCUGCUUGGCUUCGAUUAGGUCCCUGGAAUAUUGUUUUUUUUAUUGUUUUCGAACAAUUAAAAAAACUAGACAAAAAAUUGGAAAAUUAA